AUGGACGGUUUACGCCCUGGCUGCCGAACCCAAGGCCGUUACAAGAAGUACCGCUACUCACCGCAGCAACAACCACCGCGGCUUGCGGCCCAAACACGUGGUGAGCUAGCACGUGGUGACAAACAGAAGAAGCAGGAUCAACAUCUGGAUUCGUUAACGAAGUGCAAAAUGGAAGUUGAAGAGGUCAUUGAGUUGCUACAAAUAGACUACAGGACUUUGAUGAAAAGGCAAGACGAAGUCAAAUCGAGGUUGCGAAGAACUGAUGCUCGUAUAUCUGUUCAUCUUCUGCAAGAGCGCAUAACGGAAGGUGAGAUGGAGCUGAACAGGAGAAGAUGUAAAGGAACGUUUGCCACAAAAGACGAGGGAGCGCUCAUAGCUUGA